AUGCAAGAAGAAUAUCCCUAUCCUGCCCAGAGAGUUCCUCGAGAAGAACCUCACCCUGGAAGGACUAUAGAAUUUGGUUCUCGUGCACCACCUCAUGCUGUGAGAGGCCAAGGCAUGUUCCCCGCUGCAAGAGCCCUCCCAGAGAGUGGAGAAGAUUCACUAGUGCAAGCCAUCCUCAAUCUUGACCGCGGGAGGAAAGCGGCUCCAUUCCCUGCCCCCUUCAGAGAGCGCUCCCCGGUGCGCAGAGAGUUGGCCCGCUCCCCCCACAGUCGCUCUGGCUCCAGCGUCAGCAGCCGGGGCUACUCACCGGAGCGAGCCAAGAACCUUCCCUUCCCCGCGGCGCAGAACAAGAGUAUGGACUCUACAGAAGCGCAUGCGGGUCUAUCUGAAUACCUUUGGGGUGCGCUCUACUCUCAACAGAGUGGACAGGAAACAUUGGACAAAAUUCCUGGACUCUCGAGGGAAGGCUCACCACGUAGUGCAUCUCCAUGCAAGGAGGAGGUCCAACUGCCUGAGGUCGAACCAGAAGAGAAGAUGGUGGUUCCAGUAGCGCCGGUCGCUCCUGUCGUAGUCCAAGAAGAAGUCCCAAAACCCACAGAGAGCUUCCACGAGCGACGAGCCGUGGCCAUCGCAGCGAAAGCCCAAGAGAUUGAGAAGGUAUACCGGCAGGACUGUGAAACCUUCGGUAUGGUGGUGAAGAUGCUUGUCUCUAAAGACCCUAACCUAGAAAAGCAGCUGCAAGUCCCGCUUCGGGAAAACCUGGGCGAGAUCCGAGAGCGAUGCCUGGAGGACCUCAAACAGUUCAUUCACGAGCUGGACGAGGCAGUCCGACAGCCCGAGCAUUUGGUCUGUGACUCAACCACGCCCACGGCUGCAGCCCUUACCAGCCAUAAGCUCAACAAGACUGGACUCAAUCACAGCUCUUCAUUCUGA